AUGUAUCUCACCGACACCUCAGAUGUAGUUCGUUGCAAAGCCUUUCCAACCACUUUAACAAAAACAGCAAUCAAAUGGUUCGACAAUCUCCCUCCUAGAUCCAUCUCAAGUUUCGACGACAUGGCUAAGAAAUUCCUGGCCAGAUUCUUCAUCCAAAAGGACAAAGCUAAACAUGCUCCGAGCUUAUUGGGAAUCAAGCAAGAAGAACAGGAAAGCAUACGUAACUACAUGGAAAGAUUCAACAAGACAUAUAUGGAUAUACAGAACUUGCCUGCAGAAGUUGCUAUUAUGGGCCUCAUUAAUGGCUUGCGAGAAGGGCCCUUUAGUCAAUCUAUAUCGAAGAAGUACCCCACAUCCCUGAACGAGGUGCAGGAAUGA